AUGAGGAACCAACUGUCGUUCAUCGCCUUUGCGGCGGCACUCACUCCGCGCUCACUCGCUCAAUUUCCACCAGCACCUCAAGGAGUUACGCCCGGUCUGUGCGAGGAGACUGAAGGUGUGAAAUCCUAUGCUGGAUACAUCAAGCUUCCGCCAGGGACCCUCGAGGGUGUUGGCCAGGAGCAAGAUUUUGAGAUCAACACAUUCUUCUGGUUCUUCGAGGCCAAGGAGGAUCCAGAGAACGCACCACUCUCUAUAUGGAUGAACGGUGGUCCCGGCAGCUCUUCGAUGCCUGGACUCUUCAAUGAGAAUGGACCAUGCUACAUCAACUCGGACUCAAACUCGACGAGGCCCAGUGAGUGGUCUUGGAAUAACAAAGUCAACAUGCUGUACAUCGAUCAGCCAGUUCAAGUGGGCUUCUCAUAUGACUCGCUGCGGAACGUGACUAGGAACCUACUUGGAAGCACCCAGACUCUGAACGCCUCAUCUCCAAUCCCAGCCCAGAAUGCCACUUUCCAGACCGGCACAUUGGCCAGCGGUGGAAGAAAUACGACGAGCUUUGGAAGUCGCAAUGCAGCUAUUGCUCUAUGGCACUUCUCUCAAGUCUGGUUCCAAGAGUUCCCGGGGUAUCACCCCAACGACGAUCGCAUCAGUAUUGCAACUCAGUCCUAUGGGGGCCGGUACGGGCCCGCCUUUGCCGCUUACUUUCAGGAGCAGAAUGAAAAGAUCGCGAACGGCACUCGGGAUGGGACCGAAGGCGAGAAAUACAUCUUGAACCUGGACACUCUCCUGAUCGUCAACGGGUGCAUUGACCGCCAAGUACAGUGGCCCUCAUACCCGGAGAUGGCGUUCAACAACACGUAUGGCAUACAAACGGUCAACGAGACGGUAUAUCAGAGCAUGGUUGAUGCUUACUACGCGGAAGGAGGCUGCCGUGACAGGAUUGAUGCCUGCCGUGAAAUCUCUGCAGUCUACGACCCAGAUAACAUCGGCAUCAACGCGACCGUGAACAGUGUCUGCCAAGACGCGGAAACAUACUGCACGGAGAAUGUUCGCGAUCCCUAUCUUGAUGUCUCGGGCCGUGAUUACUACGACGUGACGCAGGUCGACCCAACGCUGUUCCCGCCCCCCUUCACAGCCGGAUAUUUAAAUCAGCCCUACGUCCAAUCUGCCCUCGGGGUUCCCUUAAACUGGACGGGUAGCUCGAGCGCGUCGUCCUCCGCCUUCCGCAGUAUCGGAGACUACCCUCGGCCAGGCUGGAUAGAAGAUAUCGCUUACCUCCUCCACAGCGGCAUCAAGGUCUCCCUUAUGUUCGGCGACCGCGACUUUGCAUGCAACUGGAUCGGCGGAGAGCAAGUGGCGCUGGCGAUUCCCUGGGCAGACCAAGAGAACUUUGCCAAUGCGGGCUACGAGCCUCUGCAGACCAAUGCUACUUACGAAGGCGGCCAGGUUCGGCAAUAUGGCAACUUGUCAUUCAUCCGAGUUUACCAGGCCGGACACGCCGUGCCGUCGUAUCAACCGGAAUCCGCGUAUCAAAUCUUCAACCGCGCUCUCUUCAACAAGGACAUCGCGACAGGCCUUAUUGAUACCGCGACGAACCUGACUUAUGCCACAGAGGGGCCUUCCGAUACAUUUGGUGUCAAGAACGAGAUUCCGCCUCAGUACGAAGAUUUCUGUUACGUUCUCGAUCCGAGCACCUGCAGCGACCAGCAGGUUGAAGCUCUGCGGAACGGAACGGCCAUCAUCAAAAAUUACAUCAUGAUUGAACCGGCUUCGCAGCAGGGAGCUGCAAUUGGAUUGAAAGCAAGAGACAUGUAUUGUGCUGGUCUGUUGCUAGGACAUCUUCAACACACUGUUCCUGACACAGUGCCACCGCCCAUAGAGUGUACUAGGAAGAAGAGAAAGUGCAACAAAGAGAUCCCAUGCGCAAGAUGCAGUCGUCUAGGGCUCCAUUGCGACCGCGAGGUUGUCCAUCUGAGGCGCAAUGCCGUUCGACAUAGUGCCGAGAUUGGGUUUCUCGAGACUCUGCGCAGCAUGCUUCAGAGCACCGAUCCCGCUUCGGCGAGGAGGGCAGCUGAUUUGGUAGCAGCUAGACUGGAGGGUCUCCGUUCUGGUUCGGGGCAACGCACUGAGAUCACACAGACAGCGAAUUUGGUUGAGUCCGGGAUCGGACUUGAAGAUGACUCGGGACAAGACGAAGCCACAGGUUCACAUCCCAAAGCUCGCAGUUCGCUCACGGUGACUGCGUUGGAGCACAUGGCAUGGGGUAGAAGCUAUGGAAACUGCUACCCUCAUCUACACUGCAACUGCCAUCAAAGACGAGAUCACACCAUCGAGGCCUCGACAACAGGUCUGUCGCCAUCUCUCGGCCUAUCUGAUCACACUGUCCCAUCUCUUGCUCUCCUCCCUGAGAGAGUCACGGCCGAGAUACUCAUCUCAUUUCACCUGGAGCAUAUAGCAUGGCACCACAACUCCUUACACUGCCCGACGUUUCUGCAGCAGUGCACCACGUUCUGGGCGACCGGCGUAUACGACCAGCCACAGUGGCUUGCGCUGUAUAGCGCGGUGCUCUCCUCGUCGCUCCUGAGUUGGCAGAACAGCUGGAAACAUCGCGAUGCAUACCCGCUCACACUACCGGCCUGUUCGCCUCAAGACUUAUUCAACUUCAUGGUCGACACUUUAUAUAAGGCUCAUUUCCUGCAGGAUGUUUCAAUCUACUCCAUCCAAGCCAUCGUCAUCUCAACCGAAGUAGCUCACAAUCUUGGUCUCAGUCAACUCAACGCUACCUUAUUCAGCGCUGCAAUUCGAAUUGCCGAGUGCCUGGGAAUACACAAGAUCACCAAAUGCAGCCUCGACUUGCAGACUAGAGAAGAAAUAUGGGAUGAUACUCUGCAAAGAGAAGUAGGUCGUAGGGUUUGGCUCCAGAUGGUCAUUCAAGACCACUUUGCAAUUCCCUUUACCGACUCAUACGGCAUCAACCCGUCUCACUAUUCCACUUCUUUCCCCAGAAACGCCAACGAUGCAGACUUAAUAGACGCCCCGGAGGACGUUCUGACGGUAAGUACGUAUACUCGUGUCCUGGGUGGCAUCGCGCAGCUGAUGCCGGAGCUCGCGGACGGGAUGGGACCCUUGAGAGCCCAGAAGCCUGCAAGAGAGCAGUAUGCCCAUGUCCUCAGGAUGGACCAAAAGAUGAGAGAGAAGGUCCAGUCAAUACCGUGUUUUCUUCUACAGAAGGAUGAGCUACUAGAGGGCCAGUGUGCCUGGCUUGGGGUUGCGCGUCAGAGUCUAGCCAUUACCGCCGCUGAAAAGAUUGUCAUGAUCCACCGGCCAUUCCUCUUCCUCUCGUUCCAAUCUGACUCGUACAUCCACACGCGCCGUACCUGCGUUGCAGCAGCAGUCACCAUCCUACGCGAACACAAAAGCAUUGUAGAAUCAGGUGAAGUCUCGCUCUGGACGCACAUCGCCUUCAGCAUCACCGCUGCCAUCAUUCUCUCGUUCGAGGUCAUAUGCGAUCAGAGCAAAGAACGAGACAGGCGACAAGAAGGCUACCUCGACGCGAUUCGCGACGCGCGAGAGCAUCUCCUGGGCCGGACGACGAGUGAUAUCCUAGCACACCGCGGUGUGGUGCUUAUUGAUGCCAUCUUCUCUGAGGUGGGAGGCAUAGAGUCGUUUUCUGAUCAGACACUCGCUGCUAGGCCUGAUGCUAUAAACUUUGAGGAGAUUGCGGCUAGGUUCAAGACCGAUUGGUUUAUCCUUGAUUCUUCCACGGCUGGUCUCGGGCAGUUUGACAUUGCGGAAGAGCAUUUUGCCAUGUCUGGCAAUCCCUCUGAAGAUUUCGACGAUUGGUUCCAACAGAUAUUUCACUCGACCAUAGUUGGAUAA